AUGUCUAGGCAUCUAUACUGCUGUAAAGACAUUGUCCUCCGCAGGAGCACGUCUGGCAGUCUGGGUUUCAGUAUUGUGGGUGGACAAGAAGAACGCAACUGUAACCAGUCCUUCUUCAUCCGCUCUAUCGUAGAGGGCACACCGGCCUACAACGACGGCAGGAUACGCUGUGGAGACAUCCUGCUGGAGGUGAACGGGAAGAGCACUUGGGGAAUGACACACACAGCUCUGGUCCGCCUUCUCAAGGAGCUGAGGGGUCGGAUCACUCUCACCAUUGUUUCUUGGCCCGGCAGCCUGCUAUAGGACUACUCUGCGUGAGGGAGGGGCUUAUCACAUUGACCCUGCACUAGGGGUGGAGCAUACACCACAUACCUUAUAAUGACAAAUAAAAUGGUGGAUUUUAGAAUCCGAGACUUCCUUGAAAGGCGGGGCUUAUGAUACAGACUGCCCCCCGGGAGCAGGAAAUGACACAUGGACCUCAUUCAGGUACUAGGAGCUCAGACUCUAAACUUGUAGGCGGAGCAAAUGACUUGACUCCGCCCACCAAGAAGCACGUUUAUCACAAUCCGAAACCAGGAGGCGCUUUCACAAUUGCCCUUUUGUCAGUUGGCAAGGGUUCGCUGAUAAAGAUGAUAUUUGUGCAUGAGAGGAACAUUGUGUCAUUAUAGAUGGAAGGUGGAGAUUGUAAUCUGUAUUAAAGGAAUUGGGAGGGUCUGAAAACACAAUUUCAGGAUGUGUCAAUAAAUGAGUUGGAAAUAGAUGUAUAAACAUUAUGGGCACUGCUAUAUGUAGUCAGAUUUUGUGACUCUAAUGUUGUUUGUAGAGGACGUUGAGAUGCUGCACAUGAGAGGGGUUUUCUUCAAACGAGAGAUGAAAGGGAUACUGGGAUGUGUAGGGUUUGGGUGGGGGACACACAUUGCCAAUUCCAUUAGUUUUACAUGUUAGAAAAUGCAUCGAAGUGGACGCACAUUCUUUACUAUAAACAUCGAUGUCUGAAAAAAUAAUGAAACAGAUUCAAGCACUUGUACUAGUGACUAAUAUUAUUUUUGGUUUAUUUCUCUCUCAGUUCCAACGGCUUUCAGAUUUCGGCUUCCUUUUGUUCAUUCUGACAGUGGUUCAUUCUCUCCAUCCACUGGCAUGGAGACACAUUUGCCAAGUAGUUCUAUCUAUGUUGGUACGUUUCAGAUGCCGUCGCAUAUGAAAAACUAUAGUGAGUAAUAAAAAAUAAUAGCAACCGAAAAAAGAAAAGCAAUGUUAAUCUAUUUUAAAAAUGGAUGAUAACUUAUAAUGCUUAUAAUGAUAACAUGAGAUUUUGGCGGCCUUGCUGACUUUUUUGUUUACUUUGGAGAAGAAAGGACAGAGUGGUGUGUGAAAGGCUUACUGUGUGAGUGUGUGUGUGUCUAGGUAUCAUUAUGGGGUAAGGUGCGUGCUCUGGCAUCUCAUGCUUUGGCUUGUGCAGUAUAUUGUAUCUGUUGGUACCUUUGGUUCAAUGAUCAAUAAAGUCCUUUGGUUCAAAAGAUCAA